AUGGGUUCAUCAUCAAAGGAGAUAUCGAUGUUUAAGGCCGCGGCGUCGAAAGCCGUCGUCGUCAAGAUCAACAUCGCCUUCGUCGUCUUUGUGUUCGUCGUGUCCGUCGCCUUUCUCGUCCUCCGCCCGACGGCCCUCUUCGACAGCAACGCCGCGUCCCUCGCCCGGUGCACCUUGAGUCACUGCGACGCGAAGAGUAAGGUGGAAGACGAGGUGCGGAAAUACAAAAUAAGCGAGAAUAGAACAGAAAAUGAGAGAAAAUUGAGGUUCGUUCGAACUUUGCGCGCGGGGCACAAGAGAAUCGGCUUGGUGAACAUUGGCAAGAACAAAUCAGCGGAGCUAGGGAUCGCUGGGAAAACCACGAUGGUCGAAUUCGAGCGCGUAUCGGGCAAUUUGAAAUGGACGGACCUGUUCCCGACCAAGAUCAACGACGAGAACGACCACAGCACGUGCCCCGAGAUCCCGAUGCCGGUUUUCGCGGCCUACGAGGAGAUGGACGUGGUGGUGGCUAAGGUGCCGUGCCAGAGCACCAAGCCCGGGUGGUAUCGGGACGUGUUUAGGCUGCAGGUUCACUUGGCGGCCGCGAACUUGGUUGUGAGAAAGGGGAGGAGGGACGGGCGGGGGGCGGCGAAAGUGGCGGUGGUGAGCGAGUGUGAGCCGAUGAGGGAGCUGUUCCGGUGCGACGAUUUGGUGGCGAGGGAGGGGCAGUGGUGGAUGUACGAAGUGCAGGUUGAUAAGUUGGCAGAAAAGGUUAGCCUGCCCUGGGGAUCUUGUAAGGUAGCAUUGCAGCUUCCGGAGCAACAAGGAAUAAAUGUGGAAUUCAAUGACUCGAGUCUUGCCUCGCCGGCGAGCCCUGGGCGCCGGCGGGAGGCCUACGCGACGAUCCUCCACUCGUCCGAAGACUACGUGUGCGGCGCCGUCAUGCUGGCCCACUGCCUCGGCAAGACGGGCUCCGCCCGCGACCGCGACCUCGUCCUGCUCCACGACAAGUCCAUCGGCCGGCGGAAGCUGCAGGCGCUGGCCGCCGCCGGGUGGAGCCUCCGCCGGAUCAAGCGCAUCCGCAACCCGCGCGCCAAGCGCGGCGCCUACAACGAGUACAACUUCAGCAAGUUCCGCCUCUGGCAGCUCACCGACUACGACAAGGUGGUGUUCGUCGACGCCGACAUCCUCGUCCUCCGCAGCCUCCACCACCUCUUCCGCCUCCCGCAGAUGUCAGCAGCGCGCGACAGCGCCGUCCUCUUCAACUCCGGCGUGAUGGUCAUCGAGCCGUCGAACUGCACGUUCAACGCGCUCGUGGCGCACCGCGAUGACAUUAUCUCGUACAACGGCGGCGACCAGGGGUUCCUGAACGAGAUGUUCGCGUGGUGGCACCGCCUGCCGAAGCGGCUGAACCACUUCAAGAUGGCGUGGAAGAACAGCACGGAGGAGAGGGAGAGGAUGGGCCGGAUCUUCGCCCGGGAGCCGCCGGAGCUGCACGCGAUACAUUACUUCGGGGUGAAGCCGUGGAGGUGUUACAGGGACUACGACUGCAACUGGGACGUCGGCCACCUGCGGAUGUACGCCAGCGACGAGGCGCACUGGGCGUGGUGGCGGCGCUACGACGAGAUCGACGAGGGGCUGCGGUGGUUGUGCGGGCUCACGGCGAAGAGGAUCGGCAUGUUGGAGACGGAGCGGCGGAAAGCCGAGAAGUUGGGGUAUAGCGACGAGCAUUGGAAGAUCAACAUUACCGACGAGAGAAAAAAUUUAUAACCACAGGAUAGCAAAAUAAAACUUUUCCAACAUAAUGUGGUUAAAUAAAAUACAGGAGUAAUUCAAUCAUUUUUAUUUUAUUACUAGUUGUUGCACAAAUAUUUAGAAUCAAACCAAUGUUUGACCAGAUGUUUAUUUAAAUAGA